UUCAGUCUCGCGGUGAGCGUCGUGCAGCGCGUAUCGAUAUGUUCUCGAAAGUGGUUUGAUCGUGCUACGUAGUCCUCGAGUGACUGAAAUUUUCCGCGGACUCGAAAAUUACCUGUCGAGUGCGCGUGACAGCCGAGACGGGCGGAUAUUUCGUAGAUCGCGGCGGACAUCAGGAAGAGACAUAACUCCAACGCGAGUGUCGGGAGAACGCGUCGUCAUGGGCAACCUGUAUUGUGGCCCGCGGGUGUAGUGCCAACGCGUAAUCGAGGGGGAGAGAAAGAGGGAGAGAGUGAAAGAGACAGAGACAGACCAGACACAAAAAGAGCGAGAGAAAGAGAGAGAGGGAGAGAGAAGGGACGAGAGUAGAAGGAAAAGAGAACGAGUGAAGGGGGAGAGAAAAAUAAAGGAAGACAGAACGUGGACAAGCGUGACCAGCAAGCUUCGAAAGGCUACUCUCUCGCGGCCAGGAGGAAGAGGGACGAGUGGAAGCGGGACGGAGAGGAUAAUGCGGACUCUUUGCUUCCGCCUUGAUCAACAGGACGUUCGGAUCUACUCGUAAUUCCACGAGGAGAUCUAACGAACGGCGAGAUGAUUCGAAGAAGAAGAGCUCCUCCCGUGUUAAGAGCAUGCAUAGGUAUAUUCCUGCUACUCUUCAGCACCGUGGCCGCUGACACGAUAAAAGGUCCACCCUUGAUCGCAGACAAAGUGCUCGCGUCCAACGCGACCGAGACGUCGUCAGCGGAGAGGGGCAAACCGAUUCCGAACAAAAUACCGUCGAGGGACAAGACGGAAUUCGCUUCGACGGAGGACAACAAGGGAACCAUCGAUUCCUACAAUGCGACUAAGAGAGAUCCCGACACGGCACACGAGCUUAUCAAAGACGCCAAAGCGGAGGGCGAAGAGAAAGUGGCAGCGCCGAUCGGCGAAGAAUCCGAAGUGGAAGGAAUAAGGUCGCGCAACGAAGUCGACAGGUUAUCGACCUUGGAUUCGACUAACGGGGGUUCGAGGUUCGAGGAGAUCCUCUACGGAACUUCGGGAAAGAGUUCCAGCACGAAGACGGCCGGCGAGGAUAUUCACAGGCUGUCCAGAACGAACGAUUUGACCGCUGCCACCGCGAAACCCGCGUCGGAUGAGUCCCGGCUCGACGAAAAGGUCAACGAAACGAUCUCUGCCCGGCAGUCGGAAGUACAAGUUGCCCGCGAAACGAAUAAAACCGCGAAGACGCUCGAGGAUGGAGCCAGCUCCAAAGAAGAACUCGCGGCGGAAACUGCAAAUACGAAAGCGGAUCUUGAAAGUUCGUCGAAAGAGGGGAAGAGCUCUGCCCUGAAGCUGGAAAAGGGCAACUUCGAUAACGAACUAACAACGCAGGGGGCUAUUUUGCUGGAGGAGUUUCAAGUGAGGACCAAGAAGGCGGAGGAUUCGAGACCGAUGAAGAACUCGGAAGUGGCGGACUUGGAAAAGACGGACGAGAACGACGGGCCUGGCUCGUUAAUCAACGACACGAACGUCAACUACAGCCACAGACGCAAAACCUCGACGGAAAAGGGCCUCGAGUCAGGCGAGAACCAGUCGACGGCCUCCGAGAACGCCACGAACUUCAUUUCCAAAGACGUCGACACGAAUCACAGAUCCGGAGGCCCCAAGGGGGAGGUGGAGGUCGUCGGAAAUCUGACCGAUUCCGCGACUCAGAGAGUCGUGGAGCAGCCUGAAAGUCUAACGAAGAAGGAAGUCCUUCAGGAAUCAGGCCAAGGCUCGAGCCAGAACGAGAAGUCCGAUAAUUCCACACGGAAGACCGAACCGAUAGAGUUGAUCGACAAGGAUAGCCAGCAAAAAUUGGUCGAGCUUACAACCGAGAGAGCUAACCACGAAGGGUCGACCCUGGCAGCUAUCUCCAGCCCAGUCCCCAGAGGCAGAACCAUCGCCUUCUCAGGGGUAAACGAGUUCCCUGGCCAAGAACCGAAACCCACGGCAGCCUCGAAGGUUGACUCUUCGUUUUCGAAGAAGAACAUCAGCAUGGACAAAACCACCGAACAGAAGCCCUAUCCAUACUCGAAAUCCACGGUCAAAGACAACGUCCAGAAUUUCAGUCGCGAGGCUGACGAUUCCAUCCGAGCCACCACGGAGGAAUCUUCAGCGUUAGAGAACACGAUAGGCAGGGAACAGUCCGAGGAGAAGUUCAUCGUCACGGAAGCGUCUGACGUCUUGGAGAAUAGCAUCCAGCAGUUCAAACCAGCGUACCACGAGAAACCGGCCAACGAAUCGUCCACUGCUUCGACUUUGUCCCCUCGUUCGUCGCUACCAAUGACGACCGUGCCUCUGGUGACGCUACAGGAAGCCGAUCCAACGAAUCAGUCGGUCGUCGAUGUCGCCAAUGGCGCGAAGACGGUCCCCGAGUUCCAAGAAAAAUCGACGAACACGGGAAAUGAUGUUCCACGGUGGAGCGAAGGCCGCGAGACGAUCACGGGGAAGGGGAACUUCGACGUGACUGGGAAUGGGAUAACGGAAGUCAGCUCGAAACCGGAGAGUGCCAAUAAACGAACUUACGGGCCCUCUCCGCAAGAAACCAUCGACCAGGCCACCUCUAUGACCGCCAGCUCCACGUUGAAACCGCAGACGGAAGUGGGAACUCUUUCCGAUGUAGACGCGGUUCAAACCAACGUCGAGAGUUCGCUGCUGUUUCGUUCGACUCUCGACGCCACGGAGGUUUCCACCGAGUACCCGUUGCUUAAAGGCAAUUUUUCCGAGACGGACAACAAGUUGACGGUCCCGAUAACCUCUCCUGUAGAUAGCACAACGACAAGAACACCGGACAGCACCGAGUCGCCUACCACCGUCGACGUACCGGAGGACAAAGUCGGCAAAUCCAGCGUAACCCUCGACACCAAUGGAACGAACGAGAUUCCUUCGGGUCUGGACAGAGGCGACGUGUCGACCACGACCGGCGUCGAGUAUGAAUUCGUUGGUCUAUCCGAAACGACCACUUUCCUCGCUCAGAACGUUACCGAGGAGAUUCCAACGGGAUUGCCGUUAGUAAACGCUACCUCGAUGAUUGCACCAACUGUCCAGGACGGAUUCGGGAGAAACUCCUCGCAAGAAGCUUCUACGAUGAAUCCUGUGACCUUUGCAGAUCAUUCUUUGGUAAGCGGUGAGACGGAGGUGCCUGGAGUCGAUGAUGACAGGCUUUCGAGUACCACGGUGGUCGAUCAGACGAUCGUCCCUACGUCCAUGUCAGGUCCCACGACGCAGUUCAGGGAUGAUUUUACCACCCUCUCGAGUGCCAUCGAAGCAGAGACAGACGUGGAUUCUACCAGGGAAGACGAUCGGAAGACGGGCAGCGUCACAGAAUCUUGGACGACUACGACCGACGACGACGUUGCCACGGUGAGGACGGAGCAGCUUUCGUCGUCGAAUUCCAAGGACUCUCAUUUCGUACCGAACGUCACGGAAGCUUCUGUGAAGUCAACGGUAAUGCCGGACGUUAACGCGACAGAUGCCACUCGAGCGACUACAUCCAUCCCCGUUGCGUCGAGCAGUCUGGGACCGAGGAUUCUAGAACCGGUUAUCACGAGCACUCCAACUGUUCGCGACACAUCGUUGGAGACGACAGCUGACACGAAGACGUCGCCAUCCCCGGAGGAGAUCACUUCCCUGGUGCGUAUCGUCGUGGAGGGCAGCUGGGACGACGUGUGCCCGAAAAUGGAUAAGAUGAGGAUGACUCUCGCCGAGCUUCUGGCAACGGGAAUCAACGGGUCUGUUUCCGAUAAGCAAAUUAUAUUUCACCAAGAUCCGUGCAGGGAACCGCCGAGCUCAACGCCAGCGCCGGAGGAAAUGCCGUUAACACCGAUAUUAGUUUACGUUGUCGACGAGAACGGGAAAUUUGACAGCGGCAUGACGAACAGCUUACCUGGUUUGUACAAGGAGUUUCAGGGUCGUGUAAAAUUCCCAGCUACAAUACACAGCUUUCUUCUGGUACAGGAAACUAUUCCGGAUUCCGGAAACGCGAUAGCAGUCAUCGUGGUCUCCUCGGUUGCUUUCAUUUGUCUGGUUCUUCUGGCUGGACUGCUGUUUAUAAUGAGGAAGAGGCAGACGAGAUUCAACUAUGGCGAACGAUGUCGACCGGUAUCCUUGGAUGCCUACAGCGUCGACAGCGUUUCGGCGUACAACAGCGUGAGACGUAAAGGUGCGGUCAGAUCUUCGAAAAGAAGCUAUGGGAAUCCAACUUUCGAGGAUUCGAGCGCCAUACCGUCCCACCCCUUGAAUUUUGCCGGGCUUUCAUCUUUCUGUAACGACACUAACGCAAUCAACGAGGAAUUCUCUGGUAUUCCGCAAGUUUCGGCGAAGAUAGACGAGCUGCCACCCGGGGCGGAAGUGAAGAACAGAUACGCGAACGUGAUACCGCUUCCGGAGACGAGGGUACCCCUCCAAAAAAUGAACAACAACCCCCUUACGGAGUACAUCAACGCCAGCUACGUUAGGGGACCGAAGAACGCGACGAGGUACUACAUCGCUUGCCAAGCGCCAAUGGAGUCGACCAUCACCGACUUCUGGAGGAUGAUCUGGGAACAACAGUGCAAAGUGAUCAUCAUGUUAACCGAUCUCGUUGAAAACGGGGUGGAAAAGUGCACCGAGUAUAUUCCACCGUCGGAAAUAUCCGAUUGCCACCGGUUGUACGGUGACUUCCAAGUUACUCUGAAGAAGAGAGAAACCAAAGAGAAAUAUGCCAUUUCAACGCUUCAUUUAAAAAAUUUGGAGAACAACACGUUCCGAGAACUGUACCAUAUUUGGUACCUUUGGCCUGUUAACGGGAUACAAUCGGAUGGAGCAGGCUUGAUAGCCGUGCUUCUCGAGGCAAGGGCCCUCCAAAGAGGUGGUCCUGGACCUAUCGUGGUCCACUGUAGUCCCGGCACUGGACGCACGGGAACGCUAAUAGCUCUUGACUUAGGGAUUAGACAAUAUGAGAUUACGAGGACUGUGGACGUGCCAAGGGUCGUUUACACUAUCAGACGGGAUCGUGCUGGGGCUGUACAAACUAAAGAACAAUAUGCCUUCAUUUACAAGGCGUUAAAUUUGUACGCGACCAAACUUGCCGGCGGUGUAUUGGACUCGGCGUGAAUCACCGAAAAUAAACUAGAUUGUUAUCGGUUGAGAAGUAUAUCCGAGCCGGAGCAGAGAACUGCAGUAUCGAUAAUCGAUAACGAAACAUCACCGAAGGCGAUAGAAAGCGCGAGAUUAUGACACCCGUGAUGCUAUCAACCGAAUAGGAAGAUGCUAAUCGACGAAUGAAAAAAAGGUGACUUGUGAUACGUGGACCACUCUGACGAUCGUAUUUCGUUUUAGAUUUUUCCUUGAUCCUCUCGGAGCCCGACGAUUAAAACACAAAGAGGAGAAAAUUCAAUACGCAUACUUUUGUUUACUUGUCUGCUUCUUUAGGACCGUAUUCGAAUUACUUUUGAACAAAGAUAAGCAAAAUAUUAUAGAUUGUAAAAAGAAAUAGUUUACAGAUGUACGAUUUUUCAAUUGUAUCGAGUUACGAAUACAUCGUCCGUUAUUUGAAUAUACUUUUGCUGAUCUUUGUGUUAUAUAGCUUUUGCUAGGCGUUUACUUGAAACUUAGAUUUUUAGAUUCAGCCUGUGCAGCUGAAGCAUCGACUGAUCACUGGGACAAACGGAUCCCAAAUAUGUGAUAUUUUCAGAUGUAGUGAUUUCUAUAUUCGCCAAAUUAAAAUACAUAGAGAAGCGUGUUCCUGUUUUUAAAGUGAAACAUCGAGAAUCGAGAGAAGACGAAGCAGGCAAUAUUCGAGUCAAACCAAGGGACCGAGAGGCAGAAAUUAAUUUGUGAUAACCGAACUAUAUAUUGAUGAUAUUCAGCUUCGUAUUUCUUAAGCCUGUUCAAUUUCAUAAAACUCUUUUUAUCGUAGAUUUCGUCUCCUUGGUCAAUACUUUAAUAUUCAUGUAUUAUGAAUUAUAUAUACUUCUAAAUAAAAGUAAUUAAGUGUAGCUAAAUAUUUAACGUUGAUAUCAUACGUGAAAAACGAUUUCUUUUUAUACAUAUUAUGCAAAGCGAAUUGUACGACGAAAGAAAAUGGCUCGAAGAAAACGAAACGUCUUUCUUCGAGAUCAUUUGCAUGUGUAACGAAAACACACGCGUGCAUGUUAAUUAUUCUUAAAUCGCAAAAUCGAUUUCUUCUUUUCUUCUUCGAGCUACCUAGGUAUUAUCGUAUUAUUGUUGUUAUUGUUAUUGUUGUUGUUAUAAUUGUACAGAUACUUUGAUUCGUAGCACGUCGCUCUCUAUAAUUGUACAUAGCAAACCAGCCAAAAAAAAAAGAGAUUUCGUUAAAAUUGUA